AUGAGGGCAAUCCACCGAGUUGUUGUCCUCAACAAUCCGGCACGACGAUUUAGCUCCAGUUGUCGGAAACUAGACCAGAGGCACGGAGAUCUCAUUGAUGCGCUCCAUCGAUUCACCUCUGGCCGAUGGCUGUGGAACGAGCGCCAGCAGCUUGCCACUCGAUAUGUGAAAUUCGACAUAGCCGAGCUAUUGAAACUUGCCGCUACUUCCAUUGGAUCAGAAUUAUGUGUUGAAGUCAUCAAAGUUGCUGAAGGCCAGUACAACAAGGUGUUUCAGCUUACCAUGAAUGACGGCCGUGAGGUAAUUGCGAAGCUGCCGAAUCCCAAUGCUGGGCGGCUGCACUUCACCACCGCGAGUGAAGUUGCGACUAUGGAUUUUCUGCGGAAUACUCUUCGUCUGCCGGUUCCCAGGGUCCACGCGUGGAGCUCCCGGGCAUCUGACAAUCCUGUUGGAGCAGAGUACAUUAUCAUGGAAAAGCAAACCGGCACGAUGUUAAGCGAUGUGUGGGGAACCAUGAGAGGGAAACAGAAAGCUGAGAUUGUUAAGCAAGUUGUGGAUCUUGAAAAGACCCUUGCAUCGACGAAGUUCACAAAGCUUGGGGCUCUAUAUUACAAGCGUGAUCUUCCUUCAUCAAAUCAUGACACGUUGUUGGGAGAACUACGUAUCGAUCGUGGGCCAUGGUCCACAACCGCUGCGUACCUAGGGGCAGUUGCCCAUAGAGAGAUAGCCUGCGUGGAUGCAGGCCUGAGGUAUUCAUCAAUGCCAGAAGGGCUUUUUUACGGGCCCGGGCAAUACCAACCGACCGCAUCGAAAAAACUGUCGGCAUUACGCAACUAUCUAAAAGUGGCUCCAUAUGUCUUACCUGAGAACAGAGCAACCCAUGCAUCCGUUCUUUGGCAUGGUGAUUUACACUUACAGAACGUUUUCGUUGAUCCAGCGGAGCCAACCCAAAUUGUGGGUAUAAUUGACUGGCAAGCUGUCAGCAUCUGCCCUCUUUUCAUGCAGGUAACACUGCCAGGGCUUCUAGAUUACAAUGGCCCGAUUCCCGAUGAACUUGGGCGAGUCAGCCUGCCACCAAACUUUGACUGCAUGACUUCUGAUGAACAGCAGAAGGCAAAGAAGCUACAUCAAGCCCAAACCUUGCACAAUCUUUAUUUGGCUCUGUCACUCCAGAAUAAUCCGACAGUGUUCCAGGCCAUAAAGAGUCAGGAUAGCCUCCGUCACCAAGUUAGCGUUGUACCAGGUUUGACAAUAACGGACUCCGAACCAUGCCUCACUGGCUUACUACGGGAAGUUGAGAAAGAGUGGUCAACAAUUGUUGGGAAGGGCCCGGAUAGUCUGCCCUUGAUACCUUGCCCGUUGCGUUUCUCCGCUACAGAGGUGGAGCAACAGGAGCAUGACGAGAAGUUAUGGGCCCAAGGGGUUGACCUUAUGAGCGACUUCAUCAAUGAAACCGGGUGUUUUAAGCACUGGGACGGAAGGGUAAGCAGUGAGGAUUACGAAAUUUCAAAGAGACAGCUGGCGGAUAGGAUCGAGAGGUUCCUAAGCCGCAAGGCUAGGAGUCAGGAGGAGCGGAAGGCAUGGCUCAAGGCCUUGCCAUUUGUAGAUUGA